UCACACGCAGUCAUGACAGUGCUUUUAUUGAACACAGCCAUACGCUCAGACAUCGAAAGCCAUAGCCAAGCUCCUAGUAAAGCUCUAACAAAAGAAAGUACAGAGAAAGAUUGUUCACAAUGAGUACAGACGACGGUAGCAGUGCCAGAAACACCACACAGAAGUCUUUUAAGCAAAGGAGAAGCUUCGCCAGUCGUAAAGAUGAAGUGGCUAGUAUAAGAUCGAAGUUCCCUCAGAAAGUACCGGUAAUAGUUGAGAAAUACAAUAAGGAAAAGGAUCUGCCUCUAUUGGAUAAGACCAAGUUUCUUGUCCCUGAAGAGUUAACUAUGAGCCAGUUUGUUACAAUUAUUAGAAACCGUAUGGGCCUCUCUCACACCCAAGCUUUCUACCUGCUGGUGAAUAACAAGAGUCUAGCCAGCAUGGCCACCACCAUGAGCCAGAUCUAUGACCAGGAGAGGGACGAGGAUGGAUUCCUGUACAUGGUCUAUGCCUCUCACGAAUUCUUUGGCUAAGGACCUUUAUUUAUUUGAACAGCUAUAAUAUAAACAAUGUCGGUUGAUUUUAUGUCAGUUUCACACAAAGAUGUUAUUUUGCUCACUCUUUGUUACCUUGUCACGUUUGAUAAUUAAAGUGUGCACUUCUUGUGUAGCUGUCAUGACUGUGUGUUUUACUGGUCAUCAUUUCUAUCCAAUAGAUCACCUCAUAAAAACUUGUUUAUAGUAUAAUUAUAGUUGUGAAUCUGUAA